UAAUAACAGAGCUUCAAUCAGCUCUUAAUUUAUCCUCGAAAAUAUCCCGCAGAAGGAUCAUUGGUUUCUUGGAUUAUUAUUUUUUAGGCUUUUAGCUUUUAAUUCACUCCUUUUUCCUUUUUUCCUUGACUGAAUUCGGGUUACAAUUGCAGAGGGAAAAGCCUCAGCUGCAUCUUUGGGGCUGAGGACCAAGCAUUUGAACCACCAUUCGAGAAUAAUUCAAUUCAUCUUUUUCCCCAAUUUUCUUACCGGCAUUUCUUGUACAUUACACAAACCCUUCCAAAAAGCCGCCCAUCCUACCGCUGAUGCAUCCCUCCGUUCGUUUAUUCGAAUUGUGAGGAGUUAUCAUUAUGGGUGUCGAAUCAAAAAAAUCAAGAGCUCCCCCUCUGCCUGCGCCAACCGAAACAAGUACCGCGGACAGUGACGCCGAAAACGAGAACGAAACUACUGAGUUGGGAUCAAGAGUGACGGAUAAGAGUGCAUACACGAUACCUGAUGACGGUGCUCCCGUCACCAUAGCUACUCGGAAGAAGAGGAAACAGGAUAGUUUAAGUAGUUUAUCAAACAAUAAGUCUCAAACUUCAUUGUUGAUCGAGUAUUUUGAAGGUGGAAAGGAAGACAGAAGUCGAAGACCAUCGGUUCGUGUCAAAGUUACACCAUCAUCGAAACACCGAAGCAAGUCAGCUCAUGAGCACAUCCAGAUUACGGAGUCCAGAAAAGGUGCUAGAAGGCCAUCGUAUACCCAACGCAUUUCAUUAUCCGAUGCCAAUAAGGAGAAUAGACGAUCGGCGCCAGAAGACGAAGCCAGCAUGAGCUCUUUCCGUUCUACAACUGAAGAAUCCAACGUCACCUCUAGGAGCGGUGGUAGACCUAUCGAGGUUGAGAUCAUGAGGCAUGGAAGUCCGCUGAUACCCACCGAGUUAGGAUCAAAAAGUGCUUUGUACAAUGGUUCCGAUAUAUCAUCCAUGCCUGCCGAUAGUUUCCUCGAUGGACAUACAAGAUCUCCAGAGCGAAGACGUAGCCGAAGUUUGACAAGAGAUGAAGCUUUGAUUGCUGGAACAGCUACCGGCUUGGCCGCCAGUGCUGCAUCGGAAAAGUCGAGAACUCCAUCGCGCCGACGAAGUCGAAGUCUUAGCAGAGAACGAAUAGUGGCACAAAAGGCCAUGUCAAAGGUGCGCGGUGAUCGGUCAGAAAAUCGACGCAAACAACGAAGGAGUCGUAGUCGAAGCGUCAGUGGUGACAAGCUUACAGAAGGAAUCAAGUCGCCACGAAGAAGAUCAAGCCGAAGCCAAGCCGAAGAAUCUUUAAUGUCUGGAGCCGACUCGGGUCUUCUAGAUUCACAAGUCAGUCGCAAUUCUGACAGAGUUUCGGUCCGAUCUGGAGCUUCGAAGAAUUCCUCCAUUAACAAUCCUAAGCUGCUGGAAACCGUUGAGGAUGCCAUCCGUCGUUUGAUCUUACCCGAAUUAUCAGCACUGAAGAGAGAAUCAAGUAAGCGUGCGGAACGUCGAAGUUCUGUAGGAAGUGGCAUCUCUAGCAUAUCAGGAGGACCCAAGGUCACCCUUAAUGAUGGGGAGGUUCUCUCUGGAAGGAACCGCACCGAUCGUGUGAGAGAUUCAGACUCACCACGGAGUUUCGAUCGAGGCGAAUCGGAAGAAACUAUUUCACAAAAUGACAAGGCGAAAAAGAAGAAGAGUCGGGGCCUCGAAACAGCUGCUUUGGGUGCAGGGGUAGGCGCCUUGACUGCGGCUGCUCUACAGAAGCACCAAUCACAGGAGUCUGUGAUGGAUGAAAAGAAAGAGCGAAGACGCAGGAGGAAGAAUCACAGCCGUGGAAAUAGCUUAGGUGGCGAGCUCUCACCCACCGAAGAAAGGAGUGGCCUCGAUUUAGCACCCCCUAUGCCACUCAUGAGCGCGAUCAAUGCCUCCGAUAUUACCAGAACUUCGAUCUUGUCGGCUGAAUCAGAGAGACCUCAUUCCGCUAGCUCGCAGCGUGUUACGCCUGUUCAAGAGGUGGUGGCCCGGAAAGAAGUUACUUCUCCAGCUACUCGAACGCCAACUCGGACGCCGAUUAAUCUACAACACGGCUUAGGUACUCAGCAUUCGAACUUCUCACGCGGAAACCUCAGUCUCCAUAGUCAAAAUAGUGAGCAGCAGUUACCCGGUCAAGAAUACGAAUUGGAUGAGAAUGGAAGAAAAGUGCCUAUGCGAGAAUUUUACGAUCCUGAUCUUGACGAUUCAGCGCUGUCAGAAGAGCAUAACGGGGGUCACUCUAAUACAGCCAGAGCUGGUCUGGCAGGCGCUGUUGCUGGUGCUGGCCUGGCAGCGCUUCAUCAUGAUCAACAUGAUAUCCCCGAUGACGAAGAUUCUGAAUUACUUGAAGCUGAGCCACAACAUCCUUACUAUCAGAACACCCAAGAGGUGCCUCCUCCACUCAGAUACAUCCCUUAUGGUCACGAGAGACGUGGUUUGAGCCCUAUUCAAAGCGUUUCAGGAUAUACCGAGAACGAAGACGGGCCACCUAAUCAACGAGACUCUAAGUUAACCGAGAGUACGAGAUCAUACUCUUCAUUAGCAAAAACCGCUCAACACAACCGGUCCAUGAAAUCGCUUGAAUCCGUUAAUAAUACUCACAAUCGUCAUGACUUUUCAGAAGUUCGAACGGGUGGCCUAUCCGAUUCUGAGCUUACUCAAGAUGGGGAUGGUCAAUAUUGGGAUGAACAACACCGAGAGAACGAUCGAAAUCGAGAUUUUGACUCCCAACUGAGUUUUGAAAAUAAACGAUUGACGAACUAUACCGAUGACAGCCUUGAUACUCGAGAUCUCUCAACCGGUCAAAAUAUUAAAGGUGUCGGUGGAAAACCUGACUUUGUCAAUACGCCCAUAGGAGUCGAAUCACAUGUUGCUUCGUUGGUUAAUGCAUCUGAACUCACCGGCACUAACUCAUACCCUGGUAGCAAUAGCCAAGUCAAUCGCAAAGCUUCUUACGAAUCAUUUGAAGAUGAAUCUGAGAGAAACUCCACAAGCCGCGGCAAUAGUCCCGUGAAGUCAAAAAAUCCUCAGAAAUAUGCCGAGGAGUAUGAUCUCGAUGAGAAUGGAAGAAAGGUUGAGAUGCCGAAAACACAAACCAAGGAAAAACUUGGAGCAGGUGCUCUGGGAGCCGCUGCUGCCGCACUAUUGGCAAAAGCACGUGAAAAGAUGAACAAUAAUAACAAUAACGAUGCAGACAAUAUCAAGUAUGAGGAACGUAAGGAAGAUACGGGAGCACCCUUGCAGAAGUCUUUCAAGGAUCGUACAAGUGAUGGACAACGACUUUCUUCUCCUCGCCACAGCAUCGAUAAUCUCAGUGAAGUCAGUCAAAUGACUGAUCAACCUAAAAUGACCGCCAGUGGACUUCCAGAUAUGCAUGAUCCAAUGCCCGAGAUUGGUUAUGGAGACGAUGCAUCAGAAGUAACAACAAACCCAUCUAUCAUUCAAGGACCAAUCGGUGGUACACAACAUGGAAGCCGCGAUCACUGGCCAAAUCAUGCCACGCCACCACAAGCCAAGCGCACACAAAGUUCCGAAUCUGGCACUGCUCUUCAUGAAGCAGAAGCUGCAUUGAUUGGUGCCGCUACUGGUGCGGGUGCCGCUGCUGCUUUGGCUGGCCACAGCAGAGAAGUUAGCGGAGAGCAUGAUGAUGAGUGGAGAAGAACUUCCGGAGAGCGAAAGCGUGAUACUCUCAUCACAAACCCAUACGAAGAUACCAGUCCAGUUGCUAAUCUUGGUAAUGGAACCGGCCUUGAUCGAGAGCUUUUGAAUCAAGCUGGGUUACAAAGUGCCAAUCGCGCAUACAAUGAUAAGCUUUAUGCUGGCAGUCCAAAUGGUCUACCCAAGGAUGAGGGAUAUAUAUCAUCGGCUCCGAAUGCUCGUUCUGCUGGUGCUCAGACUCCCGAACAGCGUCUGAACAAAGGAAAAGGUAUCGACUUUAUGGACCAAGAAUUAGGAAACGCGACAGAUGCAUUAAAUGGUGACCGAUUUUAUCCCGGUCAUUCUCGGCAUCUUAGUGGCAUGUCACAAGGGAUGGACUCUCCAUUAUAUGACAGUGCAACCGGCAAUGGUAUUGAUCGUAUUCAAUCGAGGGAUAUCGUUGCUUUGAUGGAUCAUCUCACUGUUCGUGACGCUCAACGUAGUGCCCGUGACACUGAAAUUCUCGUGACGCUUGUUCGAGCCGCUGCCGAAAUGAGAAAUUCUUUCGAAGACAUGAAGAGAUUACUUGCUGAUACUGAAGAUGUCAUUAUCACCGAAGUACAAGGCAACACGGAGAAGUCUGUCCAAAAGGUCAUCAAUGGACCGCGCCCUCUACCACAAAGUGCACCUCGAUCUAUCAGAUCAGCAGAGAUGUAUGAAGAUCUUCCUACGAAGCGAAGAAAUGUUUUUCGAAGAGCAUUGAAAGGUUUGAGCAAGAGGAGUACAAAUGAUCUUGGAAAGAUUGAAGACAUGCUUGUUCAAUUACUCGGUGAUGUUGAGGGUCUUAAAGUUGCUCAAGGUCUUCAGAAUGGUAUUUUGGAUUAUGAUGAUUUCCCUGAAGGACGUUCUGAACAAGAUCGUGGUUACGUCCCUGAAGGUAAUGCUGGUACUUCCACUGGAAGUCACGCAAGUCAAUCUGGUCCUCUUUCCAUUCCACUUUCUCAAUCUCGUAACACAAACCGAGGCUUUGAUGGCCGCAAGUUUUCGGAUCAUCGAAUUAGUACAGUACCUGAAGGUGAUGAAGAUGAACUUAGUCCACAUGAGGAGGAAGUUCUUAAUAAUCAGUUUGAGAAUGAUGGAGAUGUUCUUACUCCAACUCGUGAGACUUUCCGUGACCGUGGAGAGUCUCUACCAUUGGAUACACCUCCUCAACAACAUAAGGCUUCCGGCUCCCUAAGCAAUGAGAAUACUCCUCGAAAUGAGACAGAAAAAAAUAAGAAGCACAAGUCAAGUAGCUCUUCUGGUUGGAUUCCUAAAGUAUCUCGUUGGUCCGAGACUACCGCCUCAACUGUGUUUAAAGGCUUCCGCAACAGUGGUCGUAAGAGUGGUGGCAAGGAGCCUGAACAAUACAAUUCACCUCCAUCAGGGUCGGAUUCCGGACUUGGUACAUAUCAAACCGAACAAGAGCAUACUGACCAUGAUCGCGAGCGUGACUAUGAUCAUGAUAAAUUCAUUGAACCUGCCAGGGUUGAUUCACCUGCUACCCCUAGAUCGGUAAGAUCACUCGCUAGGUCUGAUGAUAAAUUACAUUCCGGUUUCUCUUCAGAACAACUUCAUCAACAAUUUAUGGAAGGUGAUGUUCCUUUAAGUCUCUUACCAGGAGUUAUGCCGGGUGUUGAAGAUCCAAAAUACAAGGCUCAUCGAAAUUCUUUGAACCUUCAACAUCCACAACCUCGUCAAGGUCCUACACAUCGCUACCAAACCCAUCUCGAAUCACAAGCUCAAAAUUUUGAUCAACCUCAACCCAUGUCUCCUUCAUCCCUUAACUGGGGUUCAUCAACUAGCAUUAAUCGUCUACCGCCUAAUGCCAACCAUCGUUAUAGUCAAGCAACAACUAACACUGAUGGAAGACUUUCACCUAUUUCUGAUGGUGGAUAUUCGGAUCGUUCUGCCUCAGGCCAAGCUCCUGCUAGACCUCCUAAGGAGCCAAUUGUUCCUGAGAAGCCACUCAAUAUUCGUAAUAAAUCCACAAAGCCAAGUCCAUUGAGUAAUGAACAUUUACAAGAGGAGAAUGAAGAUAGUAAUACGCAAUCUGCUUCGAGAAGAUUAAGUGGUGCGUUGAAUGUUCCGACAAGAAAACCUACUGGGCCAAGAAGUAUGAGUGUGGCUAGUAAGAGUGGAGAGUUGAACAGAGAUGAAACAGUUAUUAGGAGGAAUGUUAAGAGGAGUAAGUUUCUUGAUUUAAUUUGAUCUUGUGGGACAAAUGCUAAUGGAUAUAUAGACACAUUCAAUGAUUUUACCAGCAAUCAUAGUGGCGAGUCGGAAACUUUUUAAGCGAAUUAAAAGAUUGAGCGUGCGGAGCGUAGUGAUUUCUUAGAAUACCCCUGUUGCAAUAACAUGAUAACAGACCACAAUAACACAAUAUGAAAUAAUAAUACUUUUGCGGAUAUUUGGGCUUGGAUGAAUGGAUAGGAUGGAGGAUUAGUUGCGGAAUGAAUGGAUUUCUUCAGGAAUGGGGUGAUGAGAGAUGAAAGUUGGAGAAAUGGAGGUUAUGAUGAUGAUAGCAGUGGUACAGAAGGGGAUUUCUAUGAUGAUUUGAGUUGAGCUUUGCCACUCACUUUCUUUCAAUGGAUAUGAUACCGGUUUUCAUAUUUGGAAAGUGGGGCAUUUGAUGACAUUAUGAUGAAAGAUGAAAAUGAAUGGAUGGAUACCUCUUGGUCUUUUUAUUUUUAUCUUGCGAAAUGUUGUUUG